AUGGCGCUGUCGCCGAGGCGCGGUCUGCGGGGACUGUCCCCGGCUGCGCCUCCUCCCUCGUGCCUGCGGUCCCUGCCACCUGUCUGUCUGGGAUGGCCCCUGGAGACGGUGCCGAAGGACCUGUGGCAUCUGCGGGCUUGUUUGCUGUAUUCAUUAGUCAAGACUAUAGACCAGUUUGAAUAUGACAGGUGCGACAAUUGUGAAGCAUACCUACAAAUGAAGGGUAACAGAGAGAUGGUGUAUGACCGCACCAGCUUUUCGUUUGACGGGAUCAUUGCGAUGAUGAGUCCAGAAGACAGCUGGGUCUCCAAGUGGCAGCGAGUCAGUAACGGUAAGCCAGGCGUAUAUGCUGUGUCAGUCACUGGUCGCCUGCCUCAUGGAAUUGUUCGGGAGCUGAAAAGUGGAGGAGUGGCCUACAAAUCCAGAGACACAGCAAUAAAGACCUAGCUAGGUGCAGCUCACAGUG